UUUUAUCACUCGUGAUUGCCCUUUAGAUUCGCCGAAGGUUCAGGGACACCGACGUGAUGCCACUUCGACUACUUUUGUGUAAAUAGAAAUAUUCUGUCACACACUACUAAUUGGACUCAAUCACCCGGUUGGCAGUCAUCCUUCUGCUUGGUUUGAGAAAAGGCAGGAGAUUAUUCAGGAUAAAUAGGUGGGCUGAGAGAAGAGAAAAUUUAUCGCCAGUGGUAUUAAGUGUUGUGAUCCUAAGCGAUGAAAACUGGGAAGAAAAAAUUUAGAAACUUAUCGAGUAUGCCUCCGAAAUCGAAAGAGACAGAGGUUUUAUGGUCGGAUAUAACCGGCCGCAUACUGAUCAACGCGAUCACUCAUCCUAUCGAGUAUGCAAAGGUUUUGAUACAGAUUGGAUAUGAGCCUAUCCCACCAAAACCAACUGUAACAUUAUUUGGAAAACCAGCGCUGAAAUUACCCAAUGCCUUCACAUAUAUUAAAUACAUAAAGAGCAUAGAUGGUUUCACGGGCUGCUACAGAGGUCUGAUACCAAAGGUAUGUUCCUGUACAGUUAGCACAAUAGCGUGUGAUAAAACUUUGGAGUAUCUACAACAGAAUUGGGUACAGAAUGAAGAUGAAGACGAUGAGAAUGAAAUCAUAAGACGUAAGAAAUGUAUGCGUGAGAUAGUAAGAGAUGUAAUCGGUAGAACUGUCGCGAUCGUAAUUAGUCAUCCUCUAGAAGUCAUUUCAUUAAGGAUGAUGGCUCAAUUUGUGGGUGGAGAGACAAAGUAUAGUAUAUUUGGCUCGUUCCUGGAAAUCUACAGAGAGAAUGGAAUCUUGGGAUAUUAUGCAGGAUUGAUACCGCGUGUUAUAGGAAGUGCCGCGGCUAUAAUUUUAGCUGGUGUCUCCACAUAUGCUAUAAAUAAUUAUGUUAUACAAGAACCGACAAUGAAACCAUAUACUGCGUCAACCAUGAAAUUUUUGGCUACUACUGUGAUGUACCCAUUCCUGGUGGUGUCACAUUGUAUGGCAGUGAAUGACUGUGGAUUGGUGUCUGGUCUACCACCACACAUGCCAAUCUACAAAAACUGGCUACAUUGCUGGUCCCAUUUAUCAGUCCACAACCAAUUGAAGAGAGGCAGUAGUUUGUUAUGGCGUUAUUAUACUGGACCACAAAUGAUAUUGAAUGGCAAAGUGAUACCAGUUAUAGGCGACAAUUUUUACCAUCCCAGCCCUUAACGAGUGUCUCAUCAAGUAAGCCCAGAUGAGUUUGUUAUAAACCAAAUGAACCUGUUAUAAGCCAAAUAUAUUCGACCGAUCUAUCAUGUC